AGUGUCAAUAGACUGAUUAUCGAAGCCAAUGAAAUUUAGCCACAAAACCGAGAAAAUUCAUGCAGUCAAUUGCAGUCACUUGUUGCAUCAGCAGAACACUGAUCACAGAUGAGGCCCACAUUUUCUGAAUAAAUUUUCACGAUCGUGAGGCUAAAUUUCAUUGGCGUUGAUUGAAACAUUCUAUUGACACUUUCAAUAUUUAAAGGGAAAUUAAAUAGUAGUCGAAACUUGAUCGAAAACCGAACCUAUAAAAGCACCUUCAGGCCUAAGUAAUUUUACUAACAAUUUCUAAAUUGCCAAAACCAGGCGACUGACAACAUGACGGACCUCAAAAACGGAAAAUAUUUCUUAUUCGCGAUUCUCGCCUUUGUCGCGAUACAAUUAACCACAGCAGCUGUUGAUGAAGAGCGUCUUCGAGAAAUUGCUAACGAUAUUUGGAGAGAAAAUAAGCAUGAUUUGGAACUAUGCCGCUGCAAAUCUUUCUCUUUUCUGAGAGGAGAACCUGGAUCUCCUGGUCCUCGAGGAUUGAAAGGAGAAUCUGGACUCAAUGGUCUUCCAGGAAUGAAAGGAGAAGCCGGAAAUCCUGGUUUGGUGGGACCAAAAGGACAAGCAGGAGAUGAUGGUCUUAAUGGACGUCCGGGUCAAAAGGGAGAAAAGGGGUACCUUGGAUAUCCUGGUGCAAGUGGAUAUAAGGGUAGUAAAGGUUACGCAGGACUUCCUGGUCUUCCUGGUCAAAAAGGAGAACAAGGUUAAUCUGUUAUGCCACGUUCGGCAUCGUCUUAAAGGACAAAAAAAGAUGAAUCUGCAUAAAAAAAACAUCGUUUUUCAUUUAUUCUCUAUUUUAUUAUUUUAUUUAUACAAGCAUGUACCUCACAAGAAGUAUUAAAUUAAUUAAUGUAAA